AUGUGCUUUGCCGACAACGCGGUGACAUAUGACAAUGAGGAGGACGAGGGGGAGCAGUUCGACUUUGACAGCGGAGACGAGAUCCCAGAGGCAGAUCGACAGGCUGCAGGAGGGCCGGUCAGCGGUGGCUCCCCGUUGAUGCGUCCGUGUUUGCCUCCAGGAGGUGAAGUUGGGAUGGGAGCAGACACAGACGCCCCGGCAGAACCCACCACCCAUGAGGUCCCAACGAGAGUCAACCCCUACUCCGUCAUCGACAUCACGCCCUUCCAGGAAGAGCAGUCCCCGCCCGCAGACCCGGGCCCUGAGGACGACAGCAUGAGCCUGCCUGUGCCCAGCGGGUACUCGGUGCCCGUUCCCUGCGGCUACGCCGUGCCCUGCAACCUGCCACUGCUCCUGCCGGCCUACUCCAGCCCCGUCGUCAUCCGUGCCACGUCCCUGCACGGGGAAGAAACACAAGAGGUAACAGAAGACGGUCAAUUUAAUUCUUUAAGUUCUGAGGAUCCAACGAACAGUGACGACCGGGUGCACAAGGAGGACAGUGCGCUCGCUCGGUGGGUCGCGGACCCAGCCAACACUGCGUGGAUGGAGAAUCCAGAAGAAGCCAUUUAUGAUGACGUGCCAAGAGAAAAUUCAGACUCUGAACCAGAUGAGAUGAUUUACGAUGACGUUGAGAAUGGAGAGGAAGGUGGGAACAGCUCUUUGGAAUACGGCUGGAGCUCCAGUGAAUUCGAAAGCUACGAGGAACAGAGUGACUCGGAGUGCAAGAACGGGGUCCCCAGGUCCUUCCUGCGCAGUAGCCACAAGAAGCAACUUUCCCAUGACCUAACCCGUUUCAAGGAGCACUAUGAGAAAAAGAUGAGAGCUUUGAUGGCAAACACGGUGGGAGCCACAGAGAUGCAGCAGCUAAAGCAGAGACAUGAACUCAAGAUGCAGAAGCUCAUGAAAGCCGCCAAGGAGGGCACGAAGGACGGGCUCGAGAGGACAAAGGCCGCCGUGAAGAGAGGCCGUUCUCUCAUUCGCACCAGGUCCUUCAUGGCUCCAGAUCACAGACCCUGUCUUGAAGAGGAGCAGAAUUUAUUUAUUGAUGUUGACUGCAAACAUCCAGAAGCUGUCCUCACCCCGAUGCCUGAAGGUCUAUCUCAGCAGCAGGUCGUAAGAAGAUACAUCCUGGGCUCAGUGGUCGACAGCGAAAAGAACUACGUGGAUGCUCUGAAGAGGAUUCUGGAGCAAUACGAGAAGCCGCUGUCGGAGAUGGAGCCAAAGAUCCUGAGCGAGAGGAAGCUGAAGGUGGUGUUCUACCGAAUCAAAGAGCUGUUGCAGUGCCACGGCAUGUUCCAGAUCGCGCUGGCCAGCCGCGUGGCUGACUGGGACUCCGUGGAAACCAUCGGGGAUGUCUUCGUGGCUUCGUUUUCCAAAUCCAUGGUGCUCGACGCCUAUAGCGAGUAUGUGAAUAAUUUCAGCACAGCGGUGGCAAUCCUCAAGAAAACGUGUGCCACAAAGCCUGCAUUUCUCGAGUUUUUAAAGCAGUGCCAGGAGUCCAGCCCUGACCGCGUCACGCUCUACAGUCUGAUGAUGAAGCCCAUACAGAGGUUCCCACAGUUCAUUCUGCUGCUCCAGGACAUGCUGAAGAAUACAUCCAAAGGCCACCCUGACCGGCUGCCCCUUCAGAUGGCACUGACGGAGCUGGAAACCUUAGCGGAGAAGCUGAAUGAGAGAAAGAGAGACGCCGACCAGCGCUGCGAGAUCAAGCACGUCGCCAAAGCCAUUAACGAGAGAUACCUGAACAAGCUUCUCAGCAGUGGGAAUCGGUACCUCGUGCGAUCUGACGAUAUGAUAGAAACCGUUUACAACGACAGAGGAGAGAUCAUUAAAACCAAGGAGCGCCGCAUCUUCAUGCUGAGCGAUGUGUUAAUGUGUGCCACGGUCAGUGCACGCACCUCAGACAGCAACACGAUAAUGUCAACCAGCCAAAGGUAUUUAUUAAAGUGGAGCGUUCCUCUUGGACACGUGGAAGUAAUAGAGUAUGGCAGUAAUGAUGGUGCUGGAGAAAACAGGUGUCCCCCUGUGCACUCACCCGAGAGCCUGGCGGUGGUCACCAACGCUAAGCCAAACCAGGUCUGCGUGGGGCCAGGGCAGCUGUAUCAAGACUUACAGAACCUGCUGCAUGACCUGAACAUCGUCGGUCAGAUCUCUCAGCUCAUCGGGAACCUCAGAGGAAACUACCAGAACUUAAACCAGUCCGUGGCCCAUGAUUGGACGUCGGGUUUACAGAGGCUCAUUUUGAAGAAGGAAGAGGAAAUCCGUGCGGCGGAUUGCUGCCGAAUCCAGCUGCAGCUCCGGGGGAAGCAGGACAAGUCGGGGCGGCCCACGUUCUUCACUGCUGUGUUCAGUACCUUCACCCCUGCCAUCAAAGAGUCUUGGAUCAACAACCUGCAGAUGGCCAAGCUCGCCCUGGAGGAGGAGAACCACAUGGGCUGGUUCUGUGUGGAAGAUGACGGGAAUCAGAUCAAGAAGGAAAGACACCCUCUCCUCGUGGGACACAUGCCGGUGACAGUGGCCAAGCAGCAGGAGUUCAAGAUUGAAUGUGCUGCUUACAAUCCUGAACCUUGCUUGAAUAAUGAGGCUCAGCCGGAUUCGCUGUCCACCGCGCAUGGCUUCCUGUGGAUCGGAAGCUGCACCAGCCAGAUGGGCCAGAUUGCCAUCGUCUCAUUUCAAAACUCCAACCCCAAAGUCAUUGAGUGCUUCAACGUGGAGUCUCGAAUCCUGUGCAUGGUGUUCAUCCCCGCAGAGGAGCGGCACGCGGAACCCGAGACCGCGGCCGGGAGAGCACCGGGUGUGCCCACCAUCUGCCUGGGGACCGAGGAGGGGAGCAUUUCCGUGUAUAAAAGCAGUCAAGGCUCCAAGAAGGUGCGUCUGCAGCACUUCUUCACCCCGGACAAGUCCACGGUCAUGAGCCUCGCCUGCACACCCCAGAGCCUGUACGCCGGCCUGGUCAACGGCGCCGUGGCCGUCUACGCGAAAGCAGAAGAUGGAUCCUGGAAUUCCGAACCUCAGAAAGUGAUAAAAUUAGGCGUCCUGCCGGUUAGAAGUCUUGUCACGACGGAGGACACGCUGUGGGCAGCUUCUGGGGGCCAGGUGUUCACAGUCAGCACCGAGACCCACGCGAUAGAGAACCAGCUCGAGGCCCACCAGGAAGAAGGCAUGGUGGUCUCUCACAUGGUCAUUGCUGGCGUGGGGAUCUGGAUCGCCUUCACCUCCGGGUCCACACUUCGCCUCUUUCACACCGAGACACUCAAGCAUCUGCAGGACAUCAACAUAGCCACCCCCGUUCACCAUAUGCUGCCAGGGCACCAGCGCCUGUCCGUGACCAGCCUGCUUGUCUGCCAUGGCUUGCUGAUGGUCGGCACCAGCCUGGGCAUCGUGGUGGCCUUGCCCGUCCCGCGUCUGCAGGGCAUCCCCAAGGUGACUGGAAGAGGCAUGGUCUCCUACCACGCGCACAAUGGGCCUGUCAAGUUCCUGGUCAUGGCCACCGCCGCUGUCAGGACAGACAAGGACAAGCCUGCAGACAGCCCGCCCCCCGGCGCGGAGCCCCAGGACGAAGAGCAGAAGGAGGCGCUGCCCUGCGAGGGGCCCGGCCCGAGUCCGAGUGGCGCAGACACCAUCUGGCUGGGGGGCUCGCUGGGCUCCGUGACUCACCGAAGCGAUUUCUCCUCGUCCUCUGGGUCCCUGACCCCCUCACAGGGCUCGGGCUCCCUGGAGCCCAGAUCGGAGGAGAGCACAGUCUAUGACCUCCUGCGGUUCCCCAGCGUCCUACCGAGCAGAGGGAGGCGGGCCAGGAGGGCGAAAGCCAGCUCGGUGCUGGUGGCGUGUGGGGGCCAGGGCCACCGGCGGGUGAGCAGGAAGGCCCGGCAGCAGCGCCCAGAGGAGCUGGCCUCCUCUGUCAUGGUCUGGCAGAUCCCCCUGCUGAACGCAUGA